UCAGUUUAAAAGUUUACAAGCGUUUGUUAUAAGAGUUUAUACUUUUACACCUGACUUUUGGAUUUUUCUUUAACCCUUUUAAUAAAACUUUCGACACAGUGUAAGUGCGACCAAGUUAUUUGAAUACGAACGUAGUUUCUAGUGUAAAGUGUAUUAAUCAUAGUACGUUGUUUCGUUACAAACAAGUGUGGCCCGUAGUUUAAACAUUAUUUAUUAUAGACUUAGUGAGUGUGUACUGUGUAGUGUUUUAGAGUAAACGGUACUUAGUGACUCAAUAAAUCUUCAAUAUAUUGGUUCAAGAUGUGUUAAAGAUUGGAAGCGGAUGUUUGAAGAAAUCUAUCCUACCUCCUGCACAUGGCUCAAAGUUUCCCUUAUAAAACAUUCCUUAAUCCCUCCACGUCUCGAAAAAGUCAAACUUACACAAAGAAACAUUCCAAAUAUUACUAACCUCGGAUUAAAGUAAGUUGUUAUUGUUUCGAGUAAAGACAAGUAUAAACACACUAAAUAGUAGUGAAAGAUUGAAGCGCGCGUGAACCUCUUCGGAGGGCGCGAGGGGCCGGCGCGAUGCGGUCUCGCCAGGGAUGUACGUAAUAUAUCCUGCAGACGAAGUAGUUUCCCUGACUUACAGCUCGCAUUCGCUGCCCCGGCCUAGGCAGCGGCCAACUUUAGACUUAAUUUUUGGACCGCCGCCGCUCGUGCCGAGUAGAGCGCAGACCCCAGCCCCGUCCCCCGCCCCACCCCGUGCAGUGUCCGUCCCCAAAACGGCGCCCCCGGAGCCAGCACAACGCGCGCCGGCCUCGCCGACGCCGUCCAUCGAGCGGCCGGCAAAGCCGCGCGAGCGCACCAAGGCGAAACUCUUCAAGAAACUGGGCCGCCAUGAGGACACCGAAUUCGGAAAAAUUGUUAGGACGCCUGCACCUGACGAAUUCGAACUACCCGCUCCGCUACCGACUCCAGCAUUCUCCCGAAAGAACAUUUUCGAUCGAGACUUUGAUGCAUUGUUCGAAGUCGCGAGUACCCCAGAGUUUUGUGCCAAUAUACGAGUUACGACUCCAGAGCCCGACCGGCGGUCUGAUGUAUCGGCUCCCCACUUUCCUUCUCCCUCCACCUCCUCACUUAGUUUGCUCCCUCCUCGACCACAAUCAGAACCAACGGCUAACUGCUCACCAGCGCACAGCCCACAAUCGACGCCACCAACUCAACGAUCGUCAUUCGAAGGCACUAACGCAAAGCCGAAAAAAGUCAGCUUUUUUCGCAAAUUCAGCCGGUCAAGAGAAUCGCCUUCGCCACAGCCAGUCAAGAUGCAGCAACCGUCGUUAGAAAUGGCUCUUCGAGAGCUGACUCAUCCAUCACACAACGAGCAAUUGAAAAAUCAACAACAAGUCACUUUUAAAUUAGUCAAAACAGUUGCCGACUUUACGACGCAGUUGUCGCAGGUGUACGAGAGACACUCGACGGAACUACAAGUACUCGUCGCGAAUUUUCGCAAGCGAAACAGUGAACUCCGAAAAGAAAGAGCUUCAUGUCCAUCAUCACUAUUCCACACGUGGGAAACCUUCCUCCAAGAGGUGGAGGCUGAUGUAGUGGGCUUCAGCAACGCGUCUACGUCACUAGAAAGAUCCGUCGCCACACCGCUCGUUGAAAAAACCUUUCAUAUGAAGGUACAAGCCAGGAAACUGUUUGCGCAUCGGGAGGGCUGCGAGGUGAUCCUUGGAAAAGCGGACGAUCAGCUUAACAAGAGUCGUCAGGACUACAGGGCAGCUUUCCUGAACUACUGCGAUAAUUCGAGUCCAGCGAACCUCGCUACAUACUACGAUUCGCAUAAUAACUACGUGCAACAGUUGACAGCUACCAACGCGAUGAUUGAACAAUAUCAUAAGCAUACAUUGCCAACUAUCCUACAGGAAUUGGAGGAAAUUUUAACGGACGUAACGUCGGCCGUCAGCGAUGCUAUUUGUCAGGACGGGGAAAUUAUUUCCGAAAAGUGUACCCACCAGCUCAGAAGAUACGAGUCGCUAUGCGCGCAGUCCCGUGCAGUAUCGAGUACGGCAGAUUUAGCGCACUUAGCGCGUACGCUGCUCAUCAACCAGCCACCACUGAGGACUCCAAAGAGGAACUUCAUGCCGCCCUACCCGCCGGAGCCUGACGAUCCGCCCAUCGACGUGCCUGCGGAAGCGAUGCCUCCAGUGCUGAGAGGCGAGAUGUUGCUGGACAGGAUGAGGGGCGGACAGGCGAGACUCAAUUACGAGCAAUUAAAACAAGACGCUGAAGACCUAGAGCUGCAAAUCAAACAACUGCAGGAAAGCUUGGACUCGCUAGUUCGUCUACAAAAUCGUAGUCUCGAGAAUAGCAUUUAUGGAAAAGUCAACGAAAUUCAAGAGGAGAUAUCUGUGAAGAAAUAUGACUACAGAGCAACGCAAUUGCAUCUAGCCGCUGUUAGAGCUCAGAGGGAGCUAUUUGCGGCUAAAGCAGAUAGCAGUGCACCAGACCGCAAGUUAUCAUCCUCAUCAACCGGCAGUAUGAAGAACAAGUGGCUUAAGGCUUUCAGAAGCCUCAAACCCCCUACAGCCCCACCACCUCAUGCGGGCCAAGACAAAAAAAAUCAAAUGUACCACGCGGUGUCUACGGUUAUGGCGAUGAGGAGGAAUGGAGCCGCUCGCGACAUGCGUGGCGGGGACUCGGAAGCGCAUAAUUUUCAAGAAUACACUUACAAGAAAAUAACUCCUUGCGACGUUUGCUCACAAGUUCUACGAGGUCACACUCGACAAGGCCUCCGAUGCCGUAUGUGCAAGAUGAACGUGCACACAGAUUGCAUGCCGCAGGUCGGCAAAUGCCAAACCAAGUCGAGGCUCCUGCGCCGACAGAAAAGCACUUCCGAAAUCGAAGCCCAUCGAGUCCAAGAUCCUGGAUAUGAUGAAGAAAAGGAGGAAGUGGAUCAGACGUACCAAGUACUGAAGCGCGCCAACGAAAUAGCGAAGCCGGGUGGGGGAGGGCCGGUAGUCCGCGUAUCGGCCCCAGAAGAGCCUCCGCCGGCGCGCUCUCCGGCGCGCCCCUCCACUGGCUUGGCUGUGGCGCCUCAGCAAAUCUCCUCCAGCUCAGGCGCGGCCUCGCGGACCGACGGCGGCAUUCGGCGGCGGCUCUUCGCCGGCGUCAAGAGUUUGUCCAUGUGGGGAUCAAAGUCGCGGCGGGGCUCUCCGCAGCAUCGGUCCAUUUCUCUACCGGAAACGCCGCAUUCACCGAGACGCCAAAAGUUGAAUCUUAGGAUGAAGAGUCUUUCUUUGGAUUCGCCGGAGUGCGGAGACCUGAGGCGGCGACCUGCCAGAGACCAGCCCUCGCAGGGCAGCAGAGUUCUAUAUAACCACAAAGAGAAUUGCAUGAGAUAUGGUUCCUUGAGAAUAAGCAACAACACUGUAUAUAAUUAUUCGCAAUCAUCUCCAUCAUCGCCGGUGCAUAGCCGACGUCUCCUCAGUACUCGUGGCAUUCGGAUGAGCAGCGUGGAACUGCCAGACGAGCCAGACAAGAGUCUGUCCUCGAACAGUGCAAGUCCAUGCCCGUCGCCAGUCAAGCAGCCCACGAAACAUCAGCGUCUCCUCCCCACAAAUCUAUAUGUGAUUCUCUACAACUUCAAGUCGCGUCAUGCUGAUGAACUGGACCUUAAAGCUGGAUACAAAGUGACGGUCAUUGAUACCUCUGACCCCGAUUGGUGGAAGGGAAAGUGUUUGGGAAAAGUGGGAUACUUUCCGUCUAAGUACUGCACUAAACUGCAAGCUGGGGAACGGCCAUUGCAAGUCACUCAUAACCUACAGGUAUCUGACGGUGAUAAUGGCCUGAUGCUGCUGCGCGAUCAGAUCGUGAUCCAAGUCGGUGAUGAAGUGGACGGCAUGGUGAUGAUCCGCUCUGGUGAUAACCGCCAGGGAGUUUGCCCGGUGAAGUUUCUACAGGAAGUGUGACGCUUUAAACUGCCGAACUUCAGCGCUUUCCGACGACGCAGCUCACUCUCAAACGAACCCCGAUCAUACUUACGCCCGCAGCCAUCACACAGUGCCCCAGUGACCCCUUCUGAUAGCGACCCACAAUGGCCAUACGCAGACCAAGAAGCACAUUCUAGCAAAGCAAGAUACGAAGCCUCCGUAGAAGGGGUCUGGUGGUGGAAACGUCCGCUUGGUGUCCGCAGAUCAACUUGCAGACGAUGUGGAGCGUCUUCUUCAUCGCGUCCGCUACAAAUGACCCCCUGUGUACCGCAUGAUGGCUAUGACAGACGACCCACUUCGGACGAACGCCCGCUGAAUAUCCGACAGUUGUACCUCUAAUUUUCCAGUUUUAUUUAUUUGAAUGUCUGAGUCAAUACGAAAACUUCCGCAGCUGUCCACUUGCAGACGAUAUGGAGCGUCUUCUUCAUCGUGGCAAUUACAAAUGAUCUCCCAGUUAAUCUUCCAGUUUCGUAAAUUAAGCCUCGUUAGGCCCCUGAAAAUGAUCCCCUUGUGUAAGAUAAUGUCUUUGAUAGACGAAUCACUUCCUAUGAACGUCCGCUGUAUAUCCGACAUUAUUAUAC